AUGGCCACGCCACCUUCAAAUGCUCCAGGAUCGCAAUGUCCAUGCCCUAGUUGCACCAUCAGCGCGGUCGAACUUAACCUCGCAAGCAUACCAAGCGCUUUUCCGAGCAAAAGUGAUAAGAAAGCGCGUUACGCACCGCCUCAACCUGAUACAGACACAUUCGCCACUCAGCAAGCCUUUUUGGACUACCUAAUGCCUGUACCAAUCGAGAGUGUCGACGAAGAUAGCAAGAAGUGUCCCAUUUGUUGGAAACCCUAUGGCGAGGCAGCCGACCCUGGUUUCGAUAACUCAGAGCAGCCCGUCCGUCUCAAGUGCAGGCAUACGUUCGGCAACAAGUGCAUGCUUGCCACCUUUGCAGUUCAUGGGACUUCGACCAUUACUCUCGAACCUCUUGCCUUCGGUCCAGGAUCUAGAGGCUACCAGUUGGGUCAGCGGUUACACUCUUAUCUGCAGGAGUCAAGGGCACUGAAGACAAAUGGCAAUGCGGUGGCUUUCACUGAGAUGCUCCAUACCAGGCGAGAAUCAUUGAAUGAACUCUUUGGUACGUUUUUAUGCUUUGCUACCUACAUUCGGUUGGAUCGGAUGAAUCAGUGCUACGACCUUCCGUUCCUGCAUCUUAGUCCAUACACGUUCCACACUCCGGAAGGCUCGCCAGAUACCCAGGACACUGUCUCGAAGUUGAAGAAAGAACGUGAGGAUAGGCUAGCCAAGAUGCUAAAGGCCAAGCGCGACUUGCAAGAGCGCAACGAGCGACAUCUGGAUAGUAUGCUGGGUGCAGAGUUGAGCCGAGUCUAUUCAGAGUACAUGAGACAACACGGCACUGAGAAAGAGCCCGAACAGUCAGAGACAUAUCGGGAGCAGUACUUCGUAGAUGCGCACAUCUCGGUACACAAAAAGAAUCCGAAACAAUCAUCCUUCAGAAUCGAGUCAUUGGAUCGAUUCUUGGCGCAUAGCCCGGAUGACGCUACAGGCGACGACAGCGAUGCAGAAGACGAAGAAAGCGAUCGUUUAAGCGGCACUAUUCUAUCGAGACUGUUACCAAUUAUCAGCCGCAAGAUGUGCGAGCACUGUUGCACUGAAUACACGACUGUUCCUCCGUCGGUACCUGUUCCAACUUCGCUAUGGUGGAAGGACUCGCGCGAGAUCCCCGAUGAUUGUCCGAUUUGCCACAAGAUAUUGUUUCACAAAGAUCUCUUGCAGCUGUUGCCCAACUCAGAUUGCGAGAUUUCAGGCCCAGGUGACUACGUUGGCAAGAUCGGAGAUAAAAAGGUGAUCUAG